AGAUUGUUUAAAAAAAGGGCUAGUGCGUACAGAUCACGUGACGCGUGGAGCGGAAGUUGAUUGCUAGUGUCUGCAGCUUCUUCCUUCUACGUGUGGACACAAAGCUACAACGACUGCAGCAGUGAUGGACCAGAGUCGGGAUCCUGCACUGGGAAGAGGAUCCUUCAGUCCAGUUGCUGGUGCCUCCACUGGUUGUGAGGAACCAGGAGCUAAGAUUGGUCAGAGGCCCAGAUUGAUGGUGACUCCCUUCCACAACUCCUUAAUAGUCGCUAACGAUGCAGCAAUGGUCAGCAGGCGACCAGGAGCAGCUCCUGGCAGUCCGAACUUUGGUGCAGCUGUUGAAGGAAGGCCUUCUCCUUCUCCUUCUGCUGCUGCUGCUGGAAGCUCAGAGAAACAGAACCAAGCUUCAGGUUCUGCACAGAAAACAGCUGCAGAGAAAACUCCAACAGCGUUGCUUGGCAAGCCUGCUGGUAAUAAAGCUUCAACGUCUGAUCAGAUGGAUGCGCCGAUGCCUGAGCCCCAAACCAACCACGAUGGCAACGAUACCCCCCCCUUGGCCAAACCACAGGCUGCUCUGAAGAAGAGAAAGAGGAAAAUGGGAAUGUACAACCUCGUCCCCAAAAAGAAGACUAAAGCUGCUAAACAACAGGAGAAGAAGGAAGAGCCCAAAGUCGGUGUGGAGAACACUGCAGGACACACGGACACUAGGAAGGAGCUGCAGGUGGAGUCUGCGGAGUACACAGAGCUGGCUCUGGACUGCCUGGACCUGAAGGCUCAAGAGGAGCUGCUCUCGCCCCACCUCUCAGCUGCUACAGGAGAUGCUGAGGUGACAGGAACAGACCUAGGUGAGGAGUUACCGCUGUGCUGCUGUCGUAUGGAGACUCCCAACAGCUCAGGGAGUCAGUCGGUCCUGGCCUGGACCUGCAUGGCCAUGGAACACGCGGAUGGAACGACUUCCUGCCAAAGGCCCGUGAUGAAGCAGGAAAUGAUGCGCCCUUCCAAUGCAGUCCAGCUGCUGGUUCUGUGUGAGGACCACCGGGCCGGCAUGGUCAAACAUCAGUGUUGUCCUGGAUGUGGAUUCUUCUGCAGGCUGGGCUCCUUCAUGGAGUGCCGGCCGUACGGCAGCAUUUCCCAUCGGUUUCACCGCCAGUGUGCCUCCAUCUUGAAGGAUCGCAGGUUUUGUCCCCACUGUGGAGAAGAUGCCAGUGGAGCAAAGGAGGUUGUGGUUCCAAAGUCUGAUCCGUCCCCCUCAGUACCCAGAUCCAGUCCUGGACCGUCUCUUCCCGCUGCAGCCACCCUCCCGUCCCUCCCAACCAUUCCAGCUGUUCCUCAAAUACUCCGAGCUAAAAAGUCCAUGGAUCCCCAGAGGAGCAGAGCAGAGAGCUCGAGCAGGCCCAAAGGAGACAAACUUCCUAAAGAGUCCCUGGAAAGCAUCCUCAUGUCCCUGGAUGAUGAGAACCUGAAGCUAAAGAAAGUCAAGUAUCCAGCCAGGCAGCUGUUUGUCUCUGCAAAGGAAGGAGACCUGCAGAGGGUCAUUCAGCUUCUAGUUGAUGGGAAGGACCCAAACUUCCUGAUGGAGAGCCAGAAUAAACAAACUCCACUUCAUGUAGCAGCAGCAGAGGGUCACCGGGACAUCUGCCACAUGCUCGUUCAGGCUGGCGCCAACCUGGACACGUUUGACGAGGAGCACCGAACAGCGCUGAUGUCGGCCUGUGAAAACAACCAGCUGGAUACGGUGAAGUACCUGCUGAGAGCCGGAGCCGCUGUGGGACACAAGGACGUCCUGGGUUUCACCUGUCUGCACCUGGCAGCCAAACUGGGACACUAUGAAAUAGUCAGCCAUCUGCUCACUAAGGCAUCCAAAUACAUCAACUGUCAGGAUGAUGGAAGGUGGACCCCCAUCACCUGGGCCGUGGAGUACAAGCACAAGGAGGUGGCUCACCUGCUGCUGAACAAAGGCGCUGAUGUCAACAUCAGGGAUAAGGAGGAGAACAUCUGCCUGCACUGGGCAGCUCUGUCGGGCUGCGAGGACGUCGCCCAGGCGCUGCUGGAGGCUCGCUGUGACCUGAACUCUGUCAACAUUCACGGGGACACAGCUCUUCACAUUGCAGCUCGAGAAAACCACCUGGAGUGUGUGAUGUUGUUCCUGUCUCGCGGAGCUGACGUCACUUUGAGGAACAAGGAAGGAGACACGGCUCUUGACCUCAGUACUGUCGGCUCCAAGGUGUGGACAGCCCUCAACACCAACAAGAAGCUGACUGAAGCUCGGAGAGGACGCGACGGCCAGGGAGAGCGAGUGCUCAGCAGGGAUAUUUCUCGAGGGUAUGAGGCUGUUCCCAUCAGCUGUGUUAAUGCAGUCGACAGCGAGCCAUGCCCUGAGAACUUUAAAUACAUACCAGACACCUGUGUCACGUCCCCGCUGACUGUAGACAAGGACAUCACUCAUUUACAGCACUGCAGCUGCACAGAUGACUGCUCCUCCAGCACCUGCAUAUGUGGUCAGCUCAGUCUGAGGUGUUGGUACGACAGUGAUGGUCGCCUACCUCAGGACUUCUGCCAGUGGGAGCCUCCAGUGCUGUUUGAGUGUAACCACGCCUGCUCAUGCUGGAGAACCUGCAGGAACCGUGUUGUUCAAAAUGGACUCAGAGUUCGACUGCAGCUCUUCAGGACAGAGAAGAUGGGCUGGGGGGUGAGGGCCAUGCAGGAUGUUCCUCAAGGAACUUUCAUUUGCGAAUAUGUUGGAGAGAUCAUCAGAGAUGCCGAAGCUGACAGACGAGAGAACGACUCGUUCCUCUUUACGCUGGACAACAAGGUGGGGGAGGUUCACUGCAUCGAUGCCAGGCUCUUUGGCAACAUUGGUCGCUUCAUCAACCACCUGUGUGAGCCCAACCUGAUGGUGGUGAGGGUGUUCACCAUGCACCAAGACCUGCGCUUCCCCAAGAUUGCCUUCUUCUCCAGCAAGCCCAUCAAAGCUGGAGACCAGAUUGGGAUCGACUACGGGGAGAACUACUGGAGGGUGAAGAGCAAGUACUUGAGCUGCCAGUGUGGGUCUGUGAAGUGUCAGCAUGCUGUCGCCAGAUAGAAGCGUCAGAAACCCUGAACACCACCGCGAUCGUCCACGUCAGGCUCGGUUUUAACGAUGUUCUCACAGAUCAAACCUAUUUAUAAAGCAGCUGUGCUGUUUCAGCAGACGGAUGCUGCAGUGACACACAAGAGUGGUUCUUAUUCUGACUGUAUUUUAUAAACUGGCUUUUAUCACAUUCAUUAAACACAUUUUUAAAACUA